UGUUAAUUCGUCAUCACCAAAAUUUCAAAACUUCCCAAAGCCCAAACCCUUGAACACACCCCAUGACCUUCCUCAUGCGCCCGCUGCCCACGCAGCAAGCAGCACAACUACAAUGCUGCCUCAGAACCGGCGCCUUCGUCAUCUUCAGGGCAUUUACCUUCGGAACCUGAGCUUCACCCGACCCCACAGCAGAGCUGCCGACGACCUCGAAGCCGACCUCCCUUCAACAAAGCCCCAGCCUCUUCACUAUGAUGGUCCACCUCAGCUUCACCAUUCCCAUUCCUCCGAGAGUCUGCUACAGACCCGCGCCAAUUUACGGCGACGCAGCACCACCCUCGCGAACAUAAGUCCCGUUACGCGCCAGAAGCAGCUGGAGUAUACCGUCGAGAGUAGAGCUGCUGACCUGUUUUUCUCCCUGCACUGCCACGAUGGCGAAGAGCCCGUGUACAUCAGCGAAGUAGGCGAGCGUGCCGUUAAUUUCAACUUCCGCUUCUUCGACCUAUCGCAAGCCGGCCCGACGGUAACGAGAAGACACCAAUUCACGAUCAAGCUUUGGGCCAAGAGGCAGCAAUCGUGGAUCUUGCUAUUGACCGAAAACGUCGACCUGCGUUCUCUGAACUAUCUGGGGAGCUUACGAAACCACGACUUCCCGCCUAACUGUCUCCUAUUCCAGCUCGUCGAUGGCCUAUACUGCUUCGGGCUCGAGAGCCAGCUCCCCGAGCCGAAACAGGCUCCUCCCCUGUCCACCUCGUCCUACAAUGCGCUCAUGAAACUCUCUAACCUCGACAACUCCAUCCAAGACGCCCUCGCUACGCGCGAAGCCCUCACCGCCCAGAUCAACUCCCUCCUCGAGCGCUCCCCCCCCGACGCCGUCCCCAAAGCCCAAGACGCCGCCCAGCUCGCCUCGGAAUACCUAGCUUCCCAGACCCGCGCCCUCCGCGCCGCCCAGGCCCGCAAGGCCGACCUCCAGGCCUCCCUCGAAGCCCGCCGCGCCGCCAUCCGCGAGGGCCGCGCCGCCCAGGCCAAGGCCGCCGAGGACGUCAAGCACGCGCAGGCCAAGCUCCCGGCCUCCCUCGGCCUCCUGUCCUCCUCGCGGGACAGCAUCCACGGCCAGCGCCGCCGCAUAUGCGAGGACCUGGCGCGCAUCUUCCCCAUCGCGCCCGGGCCCCCCGGCUCCCCUCCCCUGUCCUUCAGCAUCUGCGGCGUCCCCCUGCCCAACACGGACUACGACCCGACGUCCUCGUCCUCGGCCGAGGACUCCCUGUCCGCCGCGCUCGGGUACGUCGCGCACCUGGCGCACCUUCUGCAGUUCUACCUCGGCGUGCCGCUGCCGUACCCCGUCCGCCCGCUCGGCUCCCGCAGCGCCGUCCGCGACGACAUCUCGCUCCUCCCCGAGUCCCAGCGCCUGUUCCCGCUGUUCCCGCGCGGCGGCGCCACCGCCCAGUACCGCUUCGACUACGCCUGGUUCCUGCUGAACAAGGACGUCGAGGCCCUGUGCGUCGCCGCCGGCCUCAAGGUCGUCGACAUCCGCCACACCCUGCCCAACCUGAAGUACCUCCUGUACGUGUGCAGCGCCGGCCGCGACGAGGUGCCCGAACGGAAGAGGGGUGGCAUCAGGGGUCUGUGGGCCGGCCGGACGAAGAGUAAAGGGAGGGCGGUGGGUGCGGCGGAUGAUGCCGCUAGCGUGAGCACGGCUGGGAGUAGGCCUGGGAGCGCGGAUAAUGAGGCUUUGGGGGGAGGGGGGAGGGGGAGGAGGGAGCAGUUGAUGGGGAGGGUGGUUAGUAGAGAGAGUAAUGCUAGUAGUAAUGCUGAUGGUGGUGGUGGUGGCAGUAGUGCUGCGGAUGCGAUAUCCUCCGAAAACGCGAGUAUCGGGUUACCGUUUGACGAGAGUGCGAAGCUUAGUUUACGGACGAAGGGGUUGAGGGAGAAUGUUGGAGCGCGAGCUUGAUUUGUCAGGGGAGACAGACAGACAGACAGACAGACAGACAGACAGAGAGACGGAAAAAGUUGAGGUGGGAAGUGUGGAUGGAUGGAUGGAGGGAAAGAGGAAGAGACGGAAGGAGAGAGAAUGGGAGAAGUGAUAAUUUAGAUACCCCCCCUAAAAGAAAAGAAAAGGAAAGGAAAGGAAAGAACAGGAAAAACAGAACAAGAGUAGAUAGGAGUAAAAACGGGAAAUCAUCUACACG